UUUUCCCGUUUGGUCGACUUGGUCAAGGAAAAGGAAAAUCCUAGACUCGAAAACUCAACAAAUGCAACUAAUAAUAAGUAGUCGCGGAAACAAAAAAUCACGUUGACGGGUCUUUCUUUCUCUCUCGAUACUACUAUUCCCUGUUGCUAAGACUUUUUUAUUUGUUUGUUUUCAUAAUUGAUUAUGCUUUUCUCAGCCACGCUUGCUUUGCUUUCGCUGAAGAUUAUCCUCACCUUUCUUUUGUUUUUUUAAUCAAUCUUUCUCGUCAAGUCUCAGGUUUUGUUCUUUACUCAAUUGCGUUCCCCCCCCCCCCCCCUCUCUCCUUAGUGCUGAUUUUUGUGGGUAUGGAACACUUAAUAUUUUUGUGGUAGAGCAGAAAAGAGAAAAUACAUGCUACUUUUUCACCUCCACAGAGAUUGAUUCAGAUUCCAUAUAAAGUUUUCGUUUUGUUCAUGAGCUUGCUUAUCUAUGGCGGAAACACGCUGCUUAAUGUUAAAUUCGUGGUGAUUUUAUUGCUGCUUAUUAGCACUCUGUAUCUGAUCGGUUGAAGGGAGAAGAAGAAAAGGACUUUCUUCUGUAGAAUUCUUUCUCUUCUAAUUUGUAGCUCUGCUGGGACACUCUCCUGAUGGUAACUGAUAUUGGUGAAGGGGAAGAGUUACAAAAUCCCCGCUCCUUUAAGGUGCAUAGUAAAAUCUGCACAGAACUCACAGAAUUAGUGGAUAGAAUCUCAAGAAUAGUUCCAGACAUAGAGGCGGCACGGCCAGGAUACUCUUCAGGAAUAGAGUCUCUAUGUUUGCUGAACAAUGCAAUUGAUAAAGUCAAACUACUUCUGCAACAUUGCUCCGAAUGUAGCAAAUUCUACCUGGCUAUGACAGGAGAUACAGUACUCUCAAGAUGCCUAAAGGCAACAAGAUCAUUAGAGAAAAGCUUAAUCCAAAUUCAAGAUAUGGUUCCUGUUAUGUUGGCUGUAGAGGUUUCUAGAAUAAUUCAUGAUCUAGAAUGUACAAGACUUGUUCUGGACCCUAAUGAAGAAAAGGCUGGGAGGGUUGUGAGAGAGUUGCUUACUUUAACCUCAGAUUCAGCUGAUGAUUCUGAAGUUAAAGCUCUUCAGUUUGCAGCAUCUACACUGAAUAUAACAUCCCCAAAGGCCAUCUUAAUAGAGCAACGAUCUAUUAAGAAGUUGUUAGAUAAACUUGGACCCAAUGACCUCCCAAAGAAGAAGAUACUGAGAUAUCUUCUGUAUCUACUGAAAAAGCAUGGAAAGCUCAUGGUGGGGGAACAUGUGGAGGAGGUCUAUUCUCGUUCUGAGGAACAAGCUGCAACAGAGAACUCGAAUCACGAUUCCCUACGAAGCCAUCAUGUUGAUUCAGACACAAUCUUGAAGUAUGGUCAGUAUAAAACUCACACCAAUGAGUUAAGUGGAGUUGCACCACUUGAGGAAUAUAAGUGCCCAAUAUCCUCAAGGUUGAUGUAUGAUCCUGUUAUCAUUGAUUCAGGAGUAACAUAUGAAAGAAUGUGGAUAAAAAAGUGGUUUGAUGAGGGUAAUGACAUAUGUCCCAAAACCAGAAAGAAACUAGUCCAUAUGGGAUUAACUCCAAACAUGGCCAUGAAAGACUUAAUAUCAAAGUGGUGCAGAAAUAAUGGAGUCUCCAUUCCAGACCCUAGUAGGCAUGCAGAAGAUAUUUGUGCAUGGGAAGCUUCAAACACUUCCAUUAGCAGCUUAGGAAGUUAUUUCAAUGAUUUCACCGCACCAGUGGAUCUUAGUAGCAUGUCAAUUGGGCCAUUGGAUACUAGUUUCAGUUUAGAUGCCUCACAUGGUAAGACCACUCGUGGCUCAAAUUUGAUGCAGACCAAGAGCCGUGACAAUUCUCACAAACAUCAGGCUCAUACAGAGAUACAUGAUACUGAUUUGAUGCUCUUGCCUCAACUCUGUGAUCUUCAAUGGGAUUCUCAAUGCAAGGUCAUUCAAGAUUUGAAAGAUAAUUUGAAAAGCAAUAGCCAAGCUUUUGUUUCUGUAUCAGCAGAGAAUUUCAUCGAACCACUCGUCAGGUUUCUGAGCAAUGCAUAUGAUCUGCGUGAUAUUAAAGCACUGAGAGCUGGAACUCAGCUUCUGUUGGAGUUUGUGAACAACUGCAGAAAUGGUACGACUAAUUUGAAUGAAGAUACUUUCAUUAUGUUGGCAAGUUUUCUCAAUUCAGAUGUGAUUGGAGAAACUCUUGCCAUAAUGGAAGAACUGUCAGGAUAUGGGUUUAGUAAAGCUAAAAUUGCAGCAUCCAGUGCUCUCAGUUCUAUUCUAAACAUGCUUGAUUCUGAAAACAAAGGUUUCCAACAGCAAGCUAUUAGAAUAAUGUACAACUUGUCCUUCAGUGGUGAAGUUUGUCCCCGCAUGCUAUCUCUCAGGUGCAUCCCAAAAUUGCUGCCAUUUUUUAAAGACAGAACCCUUUUGAGAUACUGUAUAUAUAUAUUGAAAAAUCUUUGUGACACUGAAGAGGGUAGGAAAUCUGUUUCUGAAACAAAGGGAUGCUUAUCUUCUGUUGCUGAAAUACUUGAUACAGGCAAUAACGAGGAACAAGAACAUGCGCUGGCUGUUCUAGUCUCUCUAUGUUCUCAACAUGUGGAUUAUUGUAAGUUGGUAAUGCGUGAGGAUGAGCAUAUCAUAAGUCUUCUUAUCUAUAUCUCACAGAAUGGAAAUGACAGAGGAAAAGGAAGUGCAUUGGAAUUGCUUCAUCUUUUGAAAGAUAUUGACAUUGCUGAGAAUGAAGGUUGUCCUGAGCCAAAUAUCAACAACUCUUCUCGAGAUUCUAACAGUUACCACCCUGAAGAAAAUCAACCAUCAAAGAAAUCCACGUUUCUGAAGAAACUAUCACCGUUCUCAAAGUCCAGUUCACAUGCAUCAAAAACCAAAAGAUGACAAUGAAUUUCUCUGCAUUUUGUAGCACUUAUUUGUGGCAUUUUUAGCUUUGAAGAUUCAAUCGCAAAGCAUCUGCUACUUAAUUUUGCAGAGUAACAACAGGUAGUAUGAUGAUGUGUAUAUAGUUGUGCUUAUGAGUUUUGAGAUUCUGAUUUAGGGCCUGUUAAAGUCGACAGUUUUCUGACUUCUCUUUUCCUUCCUGUCAACAUACUAGCUAGGUAGACCAAUUACACAUUUCUUGUUUAUUCAUAUUGUGUAUAUAUAUUUAACACUUUGCAGUAUUUGGCUACUACUGUAAAAUAGAUAUUAGUGUAAUAAAGGUGCUUGCCAAUAUUUUUUUAACUUAA